CGGUCCAAGGGCAACUACUCUGUGGUAUCGCGACACUUCUUUGCGCUACUUCUUUAUUUCUGCUUUGUGCACAUCGAAAAACCGAAAUUAAUAAUAAAUAAAUUUGAUAACUGGGUGGUUUUAAACUCAACUUAGGGAUUUAACAAACGGAACUAAAAUUCAGAACUCAGUUCUGAAGCUUAAGCAUGCUUAAGCCCCUACAACACCUUAGUAAGAGCUAUCCUCUGUCCUUCACGAACGUCGCCUCAACUUUUUCUAUCUUUUGUUAUGAUUGAUAUUAUAGUAUAUUUGAUGCCGCCGGUGUAAGCUUUAUGUAUGAUUUUUUACUCUCUUCAAACCUGAUUCUUUUGAUAAAACGUCUUUAAAAAGAAAACUCUGUUGAACACCCUUGUCUGUCAUACUAGCAUGUCAUCAAUCAUGUCGAAUUUUCUCUAUGUGAUCUGUAUAUUUGCUCUUACCUAUGUUGUAGAAAGUUCUUGGAAUGUUACUAUAAAUCAUAAUCCAAAUUGCAAUCUUUCGAAAGGAUGUGACAAAUAUGAUGUGAUAUACAUUAAUGGUCGUAAUUUAACAUCUUCAGUACAUGUGUUUAUAACAGCAUCAGAACGCUUUUCUCUUCCAUCAAUUUUGAUUAUUCACAGUUCAUCAGCUGAAGCUAAUCCUGUAAUAGAAUGGGAGAAUUUAAAUGCUUCUUCUGGAAAAAGAUUAAAUAUCAGUAAUGUGACCCAGUCAUAUGCUCUUGUAUUUUAUAAAAUGUUUGAAUAUAACGAUUUAUCUGAUGAUGUGAACAUGUCCAUUUAUCCUCAAAAUUCUGAUCAAAUUCGAAUCCACCAUUUAAAUGAAUAUAACUGGAAGCGUAAUUCGAACAACGAUAGUUCAUUAUUCUUUGAAAAUAAUUUAUUUGAAAUAACAUACAAUGGAACUAGUCCAAAAAUGACUUCACCAUACGAACAAGUUAUUAUUAAGUUUCGAAUAAGUAAUACAACUCAACAUCAUAAAGAUAUGCCACAUUUAUUAUUUAAACCUGGUUGGAUUAUUCAAUUUGAUAUUUUAUUCAAUAAUUUAACUAGUCAUUUUAAUCAAAGUCGAUUUGGUUUACAAUUAAUGAUAAUGUCAAAUUUAACUUUGGAUCCAAUUGAAGAAUUUCGUAAAGAAGUUUUAUUCAGUAUUGAUGAUGAAUUAACACCUGGAAAUUUUGAGAUGACCAAUAUUUUAUUAGGUGAAUCAAUAUCUAAAAUGAAUAAUAAUGCUAAACAAUAUACAAGGAAUUCAAUUCAUCCAUCAGCAUUUCUUCAAAUCAAACCAGCUUGUUUUAUUGAUAAUCAUUUGCGAACAGUUCAAAAUAGUCGUAAUGUUUAUAUUGGUAAACAUCAAGAUUUAUUAAACAAUAAUAAAAUAAUUAAUUAUUCAUUUCCAACAAUAUUUUAUGCGGAUAGAUUAAAUUCUCAUAGUAACAAUAAUACUAACUUGAAACCUAUUAGUAUUCGUUUAUUAAAUGUAUCAUUUGGUACAUCGACUGAUGGAUUUUAUGCUAAAUCGAAAUUUAUUGUUUGGACUGCGUCGUUUGGUCUUGGCAACCCGCCUACUGAUAAUCUAUCUUCCUUAUUGAUUGGAUUAAUUAUAUUCUCGAUGUUAAUCAUUGUUAGCUCUGUAGUUUUAGGCAUUCUACUUGUCAUUGUUUUACGUCGAAGCACUACUAUUAUCAAUAAUGACAGACAACCGAUUCUUAGUCAUUUUGUCAAUGAUCCUAUCGCUUAAAUUGAAUUUUUGCCCUUUUAUAUAUUUUGUCCAAAUUUUCUUUAUUCCUUGAGGAGAGGCAGGGUGGCGUAAACAAGAACCUGAGGAAAAAACCACAAAUCCCAUGAAUCGUUAUUAUUUUAUGAUUUUUUUCAUUGUUGAUUGUAUUCUCUUGUAUUAAUUCAUUUGUGCCUUUAUAAUCCACAUUUAAUAUAUAAAUACUUCUGUGAUUUGCAUUGAAAAAAUAUUGA